GAACGUCGCCCGGACUGACAUGUCAUUACGACCGGCUGCUGACAGAUGGGCUCAGCCUGAAAUAUGACGCAGAUGUUGCCAUAUCUCAUCCUAGUCUUCGCGAUCCAGCCAGCAUUCAAUCUACCUCAGAAAUCAGACUUCCACGACAUCAAGAGAGACCUCAGAAAAAAGAAAGGGAUAAACAUAGCGUAUCCUCUCCCUGUCACUCAUCAUCUGCUCCUACCGUCGCAGCUCCACGUGCUGCCAGCCACGUCUAAUGUGCACCACAGCUCCGUGCAUACUGGGCUUCAACACAUAGUCACUAGUAACGGAAAUAUUCCUGUGUUCUCGCAAACUGUGUCACAUUCGUCUACUAACAUCACGCAUCCGACGCAAUUAGUGCCAAUUUUAGUGCCAAUCCAACAUAAUUAUGUGCCACAACAUAAUGUACAACAACAACACAAUCUAAUACAGCAACAACUGUUGCACGAUCUGUCUGUAAUACCUUUAAGAGCACAGAAGUUUGGGCAUUUAAGAGUUGAAAAGAAGGCAGAAGAUAGAGACGACAUGAACCAUUUUAGAACGUUCUACGGUGGGUUCGGAAAUGGUCUGUACUUCGGUGGGCACGGCGCCGGCCACGGGUUCUACGCUUAUGGAAAAUGAACUCUAAUUAGACUGCAUAAGGUUAUUAAAUGGGAUUUGUUAAAAGUCCGUUGUAAUGUGAUUUUAGGUAAAAGCCUUGGCUUUCCGAUCUCUUUGUGCUUUUUAGUGGUUUAGGACGCGGGCGCACUGGAAGCCUAGUGACUUAUAAUUUAUAAUAAAAGAGAAAUUUUCCAUACAAAGUAGCCAUUUUAAUUGUUUUUCACUUUAAUUGAUAAAGAACGCAACUCAAAAUACUUAAGUAUCUGACAUAAUAAACCUAAAAUUUAGAUAAGGUACCUGAAGUCUGUCAGAUUUUUUACAUCGCACAGGAUUUCUAAAAAAAUAUUCCAGAUAUAUUAUUAAUAAUAGACGAGAUCUGUGAUUUAAAAUCAAAUUCAUGUCAAAUAAAUGUGCUAUAAGAAUAUUUCAAAUUCAUUGUUAUGAAAUUUCAUUCAUAUUACGAUUUGAAAUAUUUGCAAUUUUAUUAGCAAUGGUUAGAGAGUACGAAAUAUUUAUUUAAUAAAAC